AUGGCUGGCCGUGUGCUGUUGGUGUGUGCCCUCUGCGUGCUGUGCUGCUGCAGCGGCUUCUUCUGCAUCACAGCUGCGGCUGAAACAGCAGGGGGAGCGGAGGUGUUGGUGGAUAUUUCGUGUGAGGACACUGACGGAAAAGUAAGUUGGCGUCUUCAUGGCGAGAGUGCUUGGAAGAAGUGUGCGUUCACCGUGACAGAAUCUUUUUAUAGGAGUGGAUCCAUUAAUGACCCGAAGGACUCUCUCUGCGUAUGGGCCGGGACUCUGUACCCAAACAGUAUAUGCAAG